CCUCCAUUGAUGAUUUGAAACUCCGUUUGAAUUCGCACGGAUUGUUCCCUGUUUUUUUCCAAACCAACCUUUUGGUCUUCCCCCAUUUCCGUCAUCGACAUAUCAAAAACGAGAGACUCGCAGACCAAAGCAAUUCUUCAUCUGCACCAUUCGAACCUACGUUAAUCGAUCUAUUUUUUUUUCUUUUUUUGUGGGCAGCAAAUUGACACCUACGUAACUGUAAAUCCUCUGAGAUAGUCUUUGCAUAGUGGAAUUUUUUUUUACUCAUCUUGUUGUCUCUUUCUUCUUUCUUCUUCCUUCCCUUAGUAUCCCUAGCUUCAUACCACCUCAUUAGCUGUUAUUUGGAUUUUUCUUUUACAUUCUUUUCCUUUCUUCCAUGCAGACCGAAGCUUCCACGGGAUACAACUUGCCCGGCGUUCUUCACUUUCUACAGGCGGAAUGGCGUCGGUUCGAACGCGAACGUAAUGAAUGGGCCAUCGAACGAACAGAAUUAAAGUUGCGUAUCGAGUAUUUGGAAGGCGAACGACGAGGUACGGAAAACUUCAAAUAUGAUCUGAUGAAACGGGUCAAGAUGCUCGAGUAUGCACUACGACAAGAAAGAAAGCGACAUUUGGAAACCAACAAAGAGACAUCCAACCAAGAUUCUCCGAACACACCUUUAUCGCCCGUCAUUCGCGAUGCAGAAAAACCUCAAAGUAGCACAGUAUCAACGACUAAUCCAUCAUCUCAACCCAAGCAUUCCAUUGACCACAAGUCACGCGAAAGAGCACGGCAAAUGCUUAAAUCAUGCUUACAAGAGAUCAAUUAUUUAACAUCGAUGCCCGAGAAACUCCCCCGGACGAACGCUUUUGCUAAUGCAACACGAUCAGAUAUACCGCCGCGAUCUUGGGGAUACGGACCCAACCCAUCUUUUAAAUCCGAUUCUUCGGUUUCCUCACCUGUCACUGCCAACCGAUCAUCGCAGUCUCAAAAGCUUUCAUCGACCUCCGAUGAACGAAACCAAUUUCCUUCAUUCGCUACUCCUUCCUCUAUUGCGUCCAACCAUUUGCAUGCCAAAGUCGCGGCAGGUGGCACUGUGCGUGCUAAUAUCUCACCUGUUCUCAAUACCCCAAUUCAGUUAUCUCAUCCAAAACGAAUCCCUCCUAUGCUCAUGAAUGCCGACAACAGAUCGUUACCGACAGACGAACAACAACCUCCUUCGCCACCCCCUCUCCAAGAUGAAAACGUUCCUGUUCCGGAAAAUGUCGAUGAAGUAGCCAUGUUCAAUCAUGCGAUGGAAGAGGCCAAACAAGGUAGUGCUACCGAAUCAAUGCAAGUCGAUAAUUUUUCACCCGAAGAGCUGGCCAGGCAUAUUCAAGAGAAAUAUAACCUUUCGGAAGACAAAGCGCGAAAGAUGCUCGAGAGUGUAAAUAAAUCCACCAUGUCGAACGGCUCUACUUCUUCCAAGGCCCAGGAAGUGCUGUCAUUUGAAGACAUUGACCCUAGCUCGCUGGACACUACUCAACCUCAAACAAAAUUCUGGAAAACCAAAAUGACCAUCAAAGGACACCUCGAUUCUGUGCGUGCGGUGUGUUUCCAUCCACAAAAUAUGAUUCUGGCUUCGGGAUCCGAUGACGGUACUGUCCGCGUUCAUAAUUUGCAGCAAUGUAUGGGCAGAGACAACGAUAGUCUGAAAAAGGGAGCUGUUGAAGAAGCUGAAACCAUGAUCACAUACCGUGGCCACAGCCAUGUGAUCACUUCGAUUGCUAUUUCUGCAGAGCAGAACCGACUCUAUUCAGCAAGCUUAGAUUCAACGAUUCGGGCGUGGCGUCUGCCUCCUGCGGGUCACGGUCUUUUCCCGUCUGUAGACCCUUCAAUGAACAUUGCUACAUUUGUGGGUCACACGGAUGCUAUUUGGGACAUCAAAUUAUUCCCCGUCGAUCGCACAAAUACCUCCCUCCUUGUUUCUGCUUCGGCGGAUGGUACAGCGAAAAUAUGGGAUACCAAAGAAAGCGGUCAUCUAUUGAAAAGUUCUAUAAAUUAUGAUGGGAUCAUGACGGGCGAUACUGGUUCUGUGAGUCAAGAUGGGAAGCCUUCACCGACUUCCAUUGAUUUCUGCCAUACGGAUUUGACAAAAAUGGUCGUCAGUUAUUCCAAUGCCAAGAUCCACCUUAUUGAUAUCGAAACAGGAAAAGUCAUUCUGACGUUGAACCAGAGUGACGAAAUGUAUGAUGGUACCAUUAAAACGCAGAUCAAUCGUGUUAUUGCUCAUCCCACGAUGAAUUGGGUCGUGUCAGGACACGAAGAUAAGCAAAUUAAAAUUUUCGAUAUCAAAUCAGGCGAAUGUUCUUUCACAAUGACAGCACACCUUGACGCGGUAACAAGUUUAGAUAUCGAUUCAAGCGGCAUGCAACUGGUGUCAGGCGGUCAUGAUCAAUCGAUACGGUUGUGGGAUCUAACCAUGUCCAAAUCAUGUGUACAAGAGUUUAAUGCGCACCGUAAGAAAGGAGACGAAGGUGUACUGGACGUACAGUAUCACCGUUGUUUGCCAUGGAUGGUGAGCGGUGGCGCCGACGGUAUUGUGAAAGUCUACCAUCGCAACCAUUAAACUAUCGCCCCACAACCUAUGAUACCAUUUUGUCUCGUCAUUUUCUUUCUUAUUCGCUUAUAACCUUUUUCUUUAUGCACAUACGCUUUACUAGUAUUAUUAUUUUGUCUUCAUAUUUAAACAGAUGGCCUUUUGUCCCUCUUUGUGUCUCUUCAGAAACGUAAUAAUUGUGCAUGCUAUAUCAAUCUAUACGAGUCAUAUGUCUGCUCUCGUGACCUCGAUACCGUACUGAAUGCAUUCGCGAUCACAUGUUCCAUUGUAAUUUUCGAACCACAGUUUCUUUUUUUUGUCCAUGCACAUAUAAAUAGGCCAUCUCUUGCUGCCACCAAAAGCUUGAGCUUUUGAUCC